AUGAAGACAGCGGUAUUCGGACGUGAUUCCGGUGAGCCGGGCUCACCGUGCGGAGCUCCGCCCUCGUUGACAUUCACACCGCCGGCCACACUAGUCCCGCCCACACAUCAUCACUCUCGUUCGAACACACGUGGCGUUAGUGGAUCCGGUGCGAGUGGAAGUGGUAGCUGUGAUCGAGGAGGAGGCGGAGGACCGAAUGCGUCAUCUGGAGCCGGUGGACCGCGAGCUUCACACUCGUCACGACGGACCAGUCGAAUGCAUAAUGUGUCCGCGUUGGGGAAUUUCGAAAAAAAAAUCACAAAAAAUCUUCUAAUCUUUCCUCUCAAGAACCUCCCAAACCAUGAUCCUUUCUCGGCAAAAAAUUGA